CUGCACCCGCGCCCGAGGCGCCCCUUGCACCCGCGCGCUCGCGCUCGCCCCGUCGGGCGCCAUGUUCCAGCCGGGGGCGACGGCGGCCAAGCGCUGCUUCACCAUCGAGUCCCUGGUGGGCAAGGACAGCCACCCGCUGGGCGAAGAGCCCCUCCGGCCGGCCGCCGCCGCUUCCCUCGGCUACCCGGCCAGCGCCGCCGUCGAGGCCUUCGCGCACGGCUUCCAGGGCUCGGCAGCCGCCGCCGCCGGGCGCUCUCUCUACAGCAGCCCGGAGCUGCUCUUCCCCGAGGCCGUGAGCCACCCGCCCGCCCUGGCUGUCCACCCGCCCCAGCUGGCCGCCUCGCACCUCCCGCCCUCGCCGCACCCCUUCUUCGGCGCCCAGCCCCGCGACCCGCUCAACUUCUACCCCUGGGUGCUCCGCAACCGCUUCUUCGGGCAUCGCUUCCAAGGCGGCGAAGUGUCCCAGGAGAGCCUGCUCUUACACGGCCCCUUUGCCAGGAAGCCCAAGAGGAUCCGCACAGCCUUCUCGCCCUCGCAGCUCCUGCGACUGGAGCGGGCCUUUGAGAAGAACCACUAUGUGGUGGGGGCAGAACGCAAGCAGCUGGCCAGCAGCCUCAGCCUCUCAGAGACCCAGGUGAAGGUCUGGUUCCAGAACAGGAGGACCAAAUACAAGAGGCAGAAGUUGGAAGAGGAAGGCCCAGAGUCGGACCAGAAGAAGAAAGGCUCCCACCACAUCAACCGAUGGCGGAUCGCCACCAAGCAAUCCAACGGAGAAGACAUUGACGUCACGUCCAACGACUAGGAGGGAGGUGGGAGGAGGCUGCUGGCAAGACAGUUCGCGGAAGGACCGCCUGGGGAGGGGGGAACCAACUCUGGAGACUGAGCCAGGACAGGGCAGCCUCCCACUGCCAUGCGUGGGCUGUCCUCUGUGGGGGAACGCGCUUCGCCUCGGAGCCCCCUCCUCCCUGGGGCUCCCGCCAGCCCUCCAGCCCAUGGGGCCGCCUGUGGGGAUAGGGAAUGCACUUGAUGGCCGAGGACGGCCGAGGUGGGAGGCUGUAUCGGCUCCAGGAAAAGGACGGGCUUUGCCACUUGCUCCAGCAAGGAAGUCCCCCGUCAGCCAUAUGAGCAAAUAAACACGUCCACCAAGACCCAUGCCCUGCACACUCCUCCUGUCUUUGUUGGGCUGCGGUUGGGUUUACUAUUAUUUUUCUAAUGGCAGCAAACCCAUUUUCUCUUUAAUUUAUUCUUCAGUGUCUCUGCGUUUGGUGUGUGCAUAUCCCCUGUGUCGUAGAUAGCAACAGAUGUAGUGUGUGUUACUGUGCGGUAAUAAAAACAACAUGGGUUUGAAA